CUCCGUGCACAAGAGGAGCACACUGACAGGCAGCCUCUCAUAGCUUCAGCUGCACCAAGACAGUGGCAGACAUGUGGCUCUAUCUGAUAGCAGCGGCCAUCCUCAUCUUCAUCAUCGCGAAGUCAUGGCUGGGGAGCCGAGGUCCGAAUCCAUUGGCUGUGGACACCAGGAGACCCCCGGGACCCAUCGUGUUUGAUAAGGCGGCGAAGAGGAAAGUGAUUAAGAAUGUUUUCUCUCCUGAGAAAGUUCCGGAGAAUCUGGACGCCAUAGUUAUUGGAAGUGGAAUCGGAGGACAGGGAGUAGCUGCACUCCUCGCCAGAGCUGGGAAACGGGUACUGGUCCUGGAGCAACUGGGAAAAUUAGGUGGUUGCUGCCACACUUUCAAUGAGAAGGGCUAUGAGUUUGAUGUGGGAAUUCAUUACAUUGGUCAGAUGAAUGAACAGUCUCCGCUUCGGAUUUUGGUGGACCAGUUAACAGAUGGACAGCUUCAGUGGUCUUCAAUGGACAAUCCGUUUGAUGUGGUGGUGCUGGGGGAUAUCAAAAAUGGCCGUCGGUAUAACAUGAAAACUGGGCAAAAAGCUUAUACUGAUGAACUGAAAAAGUCAUUUCCAGGAGAGGAGAAGGCUAUCGAAAAUUUUAUGAAGCUAGUUAUGAAAGUAGCAGGCCGGGUACAAGAUGUGAUUCUCCUGAAGAUGAUCCCUGCACCAGUCGCCCGCUUCUUGCAUCGCAGUGGCCUGUUGAAUUUAUUCUCCCCAUUUUUCCGCUAUUCUUCACGGAGCGUGGCCGAGGUUAUCAGUGAAUUCACCAAGAACAAAGAAUUACAGACUGUGCUAGCCUACAUAUUUGGGACAUACGGUGUGUUCCCAGACAAGGGGAGUUUUUCUCUACAUGCUGUUCUGAUUGAGCAUUACCUGCGUGGAGCCUGGUAUCCAACUGGCGGUGCCAGUGAAAUCACUUACCACCUUGCGCCCACAAUUGCAAAGGCUGGAGGAGCUGUUCUAUCAAGAGCGACGGUAGAGCAAAUCCUGGUGAACAGCAACAAGAGAGCUUGUGGUGUCGUUGUCAGAGGAAAGGGCAUGGACCCUGUGAAUAUUUUUGCUCCUAUUGUAAUUAGCAGCGCUGGGAUUUUUAACACUUAUGAGAAGCUUCUACCUUCUGAGCUUAGGUCAAUGCCGGAGAUCCAGUCUCAGUUGGGCAAGGUGAAACAUGGAGGAGGGGGCUUCAGUCUUUUCAUUGGGCUUAAAGGCACAAAAGAAGAACUUAACCUUCCUGCCUCAAACUACAUUUACAUUCCAGACACAGAUCUGCAGAAAUUAGAAAAAACCUUCUUCAAUUCUUCUCCUGAUGAUGCUCCACAGCACAUUCCAAUGUUGUAUAUCUCCUCCCCUUCUGCCAAAGAUCCAACCCACGAGGAACGCUGUCCAGGAAAGUCCACUUUGACCGCCCUGACUUUUACCCCCUAUGAGUGGUUUGAGGAGUGGGAGAAUAAGAAAGUGCAAAAACGAGGACAAGAAUAUGAGAGUCUGAAGGGCGCAUUUGCCGAGGCCAUGUUGGAAGCCACCAUUCAGAUUUUCCCUCAAAUAAAAGACAAGAUUGACUGCUAUACCAGUGGAUCCCCUAUCACAAAUAACCAUUACCUUGGUGCCCCACGAGGAGAGUUCUAUGGAGCAGAGCAUGAUAUAGCCAGGAUGAGUCCUGACACUACCAUCUCGCUCAGACCCAAGUCUCCCAUCGAGGGCCUUUACUUGACAGGUCAGGAUAUCUUUUUGUGUGGAUUCGCUGGGGCUCUGAAUGCAAGCGUUGUAUGUGCCUCUGAAAUCUUAGGACGUAACCUCUAUAUAGAUCUCCUGAAACUGCGACGACAGAUCCUGCAAAACAAGGCUAAAAAGGCUGAUUAAGCUGAUGGACCCUCCACCCCACAAACCUGCUGGAAAGAGAAGAGUCAAAAAGGGACCUUGGACAGCAAAUUGGACUAAUUAAGAAUAAAAUAGGCACAACCUGGGCAUGUCCAUUGUACGCCUGGUUAGGGAACAUUUUGCGCCUUUUCUAUGAUCAUCUCAAAUAUUAUCUGUACUGUAUUCCAUAUACCAUCUGGGCUGCCCCGAUUCUCUGUGGACUGUAAAUCCGUACAUCAUCUAAAGGACGGCAUUAGCUACAGCAUGUAGAUAGACAGGUGAGGUGCUCUGUAGAGAUCCUUACAAAUGUUAGUUUUGUGUCAUGUCUAGCGGACUUGGCAAUUCCUAAAAUCUUCCCGCCAUUAGCAUUAAAGAGGUUAAUGGCAAUCCUUAGUGAUAAAUUAUACAAAUACACUGGAGGACUAAUAUAAUUUACAUGGCUGCUCAGUUUUGGGGAGGGGGUCAUCCUCUAAAGACCUUGUCAGGACCAUAGGCGGGACAGUCACACUCCAGUAUAAGUACCAGGGUAUUUAAAUUCCUUCAUGUCAAUACUUUCAGUCUGCAUACAAUUAUGGGGCAUUUUUCAUCAAGCUCUGUAUUCAAUUCUUCCU